GAGAGAGGCCUUUAUUAGAAAAGGCAUUUUCUCCAGAAUUGCACAGCUCUAAUUGCACUCGUCUUCUGUGGGUACCUGUCCUCGCCAGCAGAAGUCUUCUAAUUUUAGUUCUGGUUGGAAUGUAACCGCGAAGAUCCAAGGUCUUCAACCUUAGCAUGUCAUCAGCAACACCCACCUACCCCCCUGGCUCCACCCACCACAAAGUGUGCCACUCCCAGACACAGACCGAUGCCCUAAAACCACUGCUGGGAGGCGGGAGCCAGAGGAGUGAGGCGCUCCGACACCAUCGGCGUGUGCUGUCCAAGGAUGGGCGGAGCAACGUGAGCAUCGAGCAUGUGACUGGGCGGGGCACCCUGUACUUACGCGACCCCUGGACCACCUUCGUAGACAUGCAAUGGAGGUACAAGCUGGUCCUCUUCAGCGCCACCUUUGUGGGCACCUGGUUCACCUUUGGCCUGCUGUGGUACCUGCUAGCCAUGGUGCACGGAGACCUUCUGGAGUUUGAGCCUCCGGUCAACCACACGUUGUGCGUGAUGCAGAUGCAAACUCUGACAGGCGCCUUCCUGUUCUCUCUGGAGACGCAGACAACCAUCGGCUAUGGCUUCCGCUGCAUCACAGAGGAGUGUCCAUCCGCCAUCAUGCUGCUCAUCAUACAGCUUCUCAUUACCACUGCCAUGGAGAUCUUCAUUACUGGAACCUUCCUGGCCAAGGUGGCUCGGCCCAAGAAGCGUGGUGAGACGGUACGCUUCAGCCAACAUGCUGUGAUAGCUAAUCAUGAAGGCCGGCCCUGUCUCAUGAUCAGGGUGGCCAACAUGCGCAAGAGCCUCCUGUUGGGCUGCCAGGUGACAGGGAAGCUGCUGCAGCCCUGUGUGUCUAAGGAGGGUGAGACGGUGCGUCUGGACCAGAAGAACGUCACCUUCAGCGUGGACACGUCCAGCGAGAGCCCCUUCCUCAUCCUCCCGCUCACCUUCUACCACAUCAUCAAUAACGACAGCCCUCUUCAAGCUUGGGCUGCCAAAGGUGGUGGAGAAUGUGUAGACCCAGAAGUGGCUAACUUCGAGCUGUUGGUGAUGAUGAGCUCCACAGUGGAACCCACCUCUGCCACCUGCCAAGUGCGCACUUCCUACCUCUCCAGUGAGAUCCUGUGGGGAUAUGAGUUCCCGCCCAUCGUCUCUCUGUCUCCAAUGGGGAAGUACGUUGCAGACCUCGCCUACUUCGACAAAGUUGUCAAGGCCAAGACAGCGCCCCUUUCCAGCCAGACCCCGCCCACUGGCCAGGGGCGUUACCAGGGGAGUGGAGUGGUGGGAGGAGGUGACAUGGAGAAGAUGCAGUUGGAGCAAAGUUAUCGGGAAGGAGGGAAAGAGAGAGAGAGAGUGAGAAACAGUAGCCCUUUCAGCGUUAGGAUCAGCAACGUUUAACGCGCAUACACGCUCAGUUGCACAACGCACAAGCACGGAUAGUGCCUCGUACAGAUAGGACAAAGUGAAUGGUUUACAGAAAACUGCGGUACUGAUUUCAGUUGCAGAGUGAACGUAGAUUGGCUUUAAUGUCAGUGAUACUAUCAUUAUAAGAUGCACUUUAGAGAGUUUCCCAAAAGAGUGGCUCUGGAAAGAUUUUUAAACUACUAAAACCUCUGGGACUCAAUAUACAGUACAACAUCUGCAUUUCAUUUCGAUAUAUGAACCUAUAUAACGCACCUUGUCGCUAUAAGUAGGUAAUAAUGAGACAAUAGCGCUCUCUAGUGGCUGAUUCAUGACCCACGUCUCUGUGCAGGACCAUCAGUGAAUAUGCUGUCCAGCUGCAUUUACUGAAGCCACUCAUUUUUUUUUGAAAUACCAAGACUAUCUUUCUAAACAUUUAUCUGUUGAGAAUAUAGGUGACAUUACUGAUGAUGUUGAUGAUGAUGAUGAUAAAACUGUUUAAAAUCAGGCAAAGGCAAUCUUUUUAUCUUCUUCUUCUUCUUCUUCUUCUUCUUCUUCUUCUUCUUCUUCUUCUUCCUAUUAUUAUUAUUAUUAUUAAUUAUUUAAUUUUAAACAAAUUAGUCAUACUAGGUGUGAUCUUCUUUGGCUGGACCGAAAGCCAGUAGCUACACCAGCCCUUUGUUGACAAAAUUGUGUCCAACUGACUAAGUUGAUAUUUUAUUAGUACCUUUCAGCACUGAAACUUGCAAACUAUAGACAACACGAUCCUGUAAGUUACCAGUCAGUACAAACAAGUUUUCUAGUUACAUUUAUUUUCUUUCACUUGUCUAAUGCUGUAGAAACUCUCCUGAUUGUCAUUACUUAAGACUCUGAGCCACAGAGUUUUGCUUUCUUAUUAUAGGUAAGCCAGAGAAAACUAAAGGAUUGGAAUUGAGGUUUUGAAAUAACAGUACUUUAAGGUACACAGAAAAAGAAUGAAGUACAAUUCAAAUAAUACAAUACAAAUGAUAGCCAUGUGUUUGGCCUGUCUUGAAUCUAGUAUUCAUAAUAAGCUUUAUGUAUGAGCUUUCAUACAUAAAUGUAGCUCAAAGUGCUUUGAAAGAUUAAGGGACAAAAAAGAAAUAUAUACACAUAUGCACAUAAAUCAGAUGAACACAAAGCAAUAAAAGUAUUUUUAAAAAUAUGCAGACAACAAAACAAACAAAAAUCAAACAUGAAAUCAAUAAGAAAUAGGCAACGAAAUAAAACAAAAAUGAAAACAAAGUAAAAAUAAAAAGAGCAAUAAUUAAAAAAAUCAAGUGCAAAAUAAAAUAAUAUGACAUCAAGCAUUCAGAGUUAUACAGUCCAUGAUGCUGCUAAUCCAUUUAAUGCUUUGAAAACCAACAGCAUGUCGUGCCUUCUGCCUCACCCCCUGGUCACCCCACUAUGCUGAUUAUGCCCCCUUCCAUGACCUCUGGCCACGCUCCCAGUUACGCCCUCCGGCCACGCUCCUAGUUAUGCCCUCCAGCCACACUCCCAGUUAUGCCCUCCGGCCACGCUCCCAGUUACGCCCCCCGGUUACACCCUCCGGCCACGCUCCCAGUUACGCCCUCCGGUUACACCCUCUAACCACGCUCCCAGUUACGCCCUCCGGCCACGCUCCCAGUUAUGCCCUCUGGUCAUGCCCCCUGCUACUUUCACUGGUCACACUCCCAAUUACUCCCUCUGGUGGGUUCCCUUGUUCUGCCUCACCAGUGGAUGAAUUACAAGCCACUUAUCCUACACCUGAAGGACAUGACCUGAACCAUUUAUAAAUCUCUUUUGUGUUUAGACUCGUUGCACAGUCUUUUGUGCCUUGGCUAAGUUUCUGAGUUGCUUUUCUUAGAUGUUCCGUGUUAUUUGCUGAACUGUGUUUGGAUUCUGAAUUUUGCCUCCCUCUGAAAUAUGUUUGUCCCUGAUUGGAAUCUGGACUGGGUUUUUUUCACCCUGCCUGUUACCUAUCUCUGAAAUGUCUGUUUGCCCCUGGCCAAACUUGUUUCACCAAUAAACAUAUCUAAUCAUCA